UGGUUUACUAUGCUAGUAGCAGGUAGGUAUUUGUAGCAUAAAUAACUAUGUGUAUGAAUCGAUAUUACUUUGGAAAGUAUUGCAUGGCAAUAGAAUUUUUGGUGCUUGUCUUUUAUAUUAACUCGGUAUCAACAUCUAAUAAAGAUUACAAUACAUCAAAUAGCACAAAUGUAUUUAAAAACAACGAAACUGUCCUAUACAAUACAACCAUUAGUGAAGUCUCAAGCUCUCACAAAAUCUUUGGAAUUAGCAAGCAACAAGAGAAUGACUUCGACCUCUCUGAAAUUAUUGUCCAUUUAGAUGCCGCCUUACAAGAAAGAUUGAUCCAGAAUUUAGAUAAAGAGGAUACAGAAUUUCUUCGCUGGUUGGACAUUGACAUUGACUCGGAACCUUCAGAGUCCUUGGCUCGUCUCAAGGGCUUCAGAAGACAGACUUCAAAAGCCCUUGGACUGCAAGAAAAGAAAAUUCUUGAACAUUUAAGUUUUAACAAGAAUCUUCUUUCACAUUCGGUCUCCCAUAAGAAACUAAAACAAGGAAAGGAGUCAGCUCAAGUACGCAGUCAAACGCGAUUGGAAAAGAUAAUUCCGGAGUUGCGUUCAAUAUAUGACUCUAGUUCUUUAGAUCCCUCAUUGAAGAGACCCAAAUCGGGUGCUAAAAUCGGGUCUUUAAAAAGAUUAAAGAGACAAGCCGACUUGGAGCCUCCGCGAUGGCCUGGGAUGCCGACUGAAGUGCCGGGCGUGCUUCGCAAUAUUAAUAACGGAAUUGUCAAACGGAAGCUCAUAGAUAUGAUGCUGCAAUCUUUGUACUCUGCGCAGGAGCGUGUCGGGCACCUAGGGCCAAUCGAGGCAAAGUACGGUCAUCUGGCUCCCUACCGCAUGGCCUUCAUCUUUUUGAAGCUGGAUCAGCUGGUUCACGAGAGCCAUUCUAUCAAGAUGUACAUAGAUAGUAAGGAGAAUCUGGUGAUGACGGAACGCCUGCAGUUGUACUCACAUAUCUUGCGGAGGAAUAUAGACGUCACUUACCUGGUGGACUACAUAAUGGAGAGAGUGCCCAAAGACCAGGUGGUCAGGAUUCGGCAGCAGCUCAUACGACACGAGCAGGAGAAGAUAAUGGAGAAUCACGCAGUCCACCUCAAAACCGUCACUCACCGACAGAGGCCUACAAAUAAGAAUAAGAAUCACGAUUGA